AACAGCCCUCAAUUACCGAUGAUUGGUCAACCCGUGGGAAUGUUUCUAUUCCCUCAGUGCGGUGAUUGGUCGGUGGGCGGUCUGUGCAGCCUGACAGUCUGCAGCGUUCCGGGUUAUUGUCAGUCUCGGCAGCUCGGCACAAGGGCUGGACCGCAUCCCGGAGCUGCCUGAAGCAGCUGGCUCGUUCUUCGCACUUAACCGUGUCCCAUUUUGGUUAAAACACCAAAGAGAGCAUCGCGCUGCUUUGCUCUGGACGCGACUCCACAGCCUCAGCGGGGAAUCUGAGUCGGAAUCUGGAGACGAGAGGCUGCCGACACCGCGGAGAAAGUGACGGACGGAGCAGAGCCUGGUCGCUGGGAUUUUUUUUUUCUAAUCGCGUCGCAUCAGUUAAGGAUAUUUCAGGCAGCGGCUUUGGCCCUGCUUUGAUUUCUUUCAGGGUACUUUUACACGAUAUUGCCUACAUAAUAACAUUCUUCUAACAAUUGCAUGGUACAAUUCCCAUUCCCGUUCCCAGGCGGACCACUUUAAACCCGUGCGUAACGCCCGGGGAUUUGGGGACACUGCGUAGCCGUCCAGUCGUCCACUGUUCCGAUUAUCAGCUCCGCUGAUAGGGAAUAUAUCCGCACGCAGGUCAAAAUAAGAGCGAUCACAGGAACAAGAUCGCUUCUUAUUUCUGUUCCGGAGGCUAAACGUCAGAAACCCCGACGCGUACUUGGUGCGCAAUCCUUCCGAGGACGCUCCUGUAAUUGUCGACCUGCGCUUUUGCACCCGACAAAAAUUGGCAGGCGAAUCCAGGGAGAAGAAAAGACGAAGCUUAUUAACUUUGCAUGCCAGAAGCGAGAGUGUGGAAUCUAAUUCGCGGGGUUACCGGCACAUUUGCAUACCUUCCGAAGAGGAUAAACUUAAUCAGCGUUUGACAUCGACAAAGCGGCCGCUGCUGGAUUUGGGGGGAACAGAAUGAAUCCGUUUUAAUUUGGACCUCAGAAGUAUCAGGCAGAUUGAUCAGUGAACACUACAAUCUGCAUGGAGUUCUAGUCUACACCACGGAGCAAUUUAUGGUUGGCCUUAGAACUCCCCCGGCUGUCGUACUGUGCCCACCUCGCCAUGCUGGCCUGUCUGCAGAGGAGGCAAAACCCUCCACCCCAGCACCCGGUGUGUGUCAGCAAGACCCUGGAGCCUCCACAAGCCCUUGGACGGAAAUGUGAGCUUCUGGUGCCCACGCAUUCCCCGCGCUACCCCACUGCGGCAGAACUUGAUGCCUACGCUCAGAAGACGGCCAACAGCCCUCUGUCCAUCAAGAUCUUCCCCACUAACAUCAGGGUUCCCCAGCACAAGCACCUUAACCGGACUGUGAAUGGAUAUGACACCACAGGGCAACGCUAUGCUCCCUACCCACAUAUCCACACGGGAGGCUCCCAGGGACUGCUCGCCAUCCUCAAGGCCUCCUCCUCGUCAUCGUCGUUAUCAUCGACUUCCACUUUUGUCCCUUCAAAAGGUGUUCUCAAGAAUGCCGAAGGCAGACGGACUAAACUUUCUCCAGCCCACAUAGCUAUUGCCCCAUACCCACCCCCUAAUAAUAGCACUUUAGCCAGUGGCCACGGCCAAAUGGUUUACCACGCUGCGCCCUCAAAGCCUCCAGAAGGCUCUGGACUGUCGGUUCCCCCAAAUGUCACUGUAGCUGGCUCAGUGAUUCCUGUAACAGGGGGCCGAGGCCUUGCUCUGCCCGCACAGUCCAACCUCCCCUCAAUCCAGAGCAUCAUCUACCAGAUCAAUCAGCAUUGCCAAGCCCAGGCUCUGCAGCAGGUGUGUCAAGGGGCUACAGCUGCGCCAUCAAAUUCCAGCCCCUCCAAGCAGGGAACUACAACUAUCAUGGGGCUUUCUUCUAGCUCAUCAGGUGGAGGCUAUGUGGUAGGAAUGGCUCCCCAGGCUAACAUGGUGUAUGCAGGGCCGGCGCUGCCAGCACAGAAUGCUGAGGCAAUGAAAACUGGUGUGUACACAGACAGUAUGGACUAUAUCCUUUGGCAGAAACAGCAGCAACAACAACACCAACAUCAACAGCAGCAGCAGCAGGCCAUGCUCCGCAUGUACAGUGGAGGCAGUGGAGGAGGGGCCGCCAACAGCAAGUCCCCAGAGUCUUGUGUUCCAGGUGGAGGGAUCAUGGCUGCCCAAGUGUCCUCCUCCUCCUCCAGACCUUAUCACCUGACAGCCAGUGGCGGAGGCGGUCUAGACAAAGUCAGCUCUUCCCCUUUGAACUGUGUGGGUAUGCAUGGAAAUUUCUCAGUGGGUCAGUACUUUGCUCCGCCGUGGAACAGUGUGCUGGUGACACCGGACAGUGACUGCUACAACCCCCAGGAGCUUUUGGGCACCUCCGCAGGAGGGCCAGCCACGGGGCACAGAGAAAUGGGCUAUCCCCACCACCAUCACCACUACCACCACCCUCAUCAUCACCACCCUGCCAUAGACAGUGGGGGAGGUUUGUGCUGCAGCCUGCCCAGCAAGAGCCUGUGCAACACGUCUGUGCUGAGCAGCAGCUUGCAGUCUCUGGAGUACCUGAUCAACGACAUCCACCCGCCCUGCAUCAAGGAGCAGAUGCUUGGCAAAGGCUACGAGACUGUGUCUGUGCCACGUCUGUUAGACCACCAGCAUGCACACAUCCGCCUCCCUGUUUACAGAUAGAGGGGGCAGACGAAGAGGAAAAGAAUCAAGGGUUGUGAAUUUGUGAAGUAAACCAUAAAAAACACAGAUGUUUUUCGGUUGGGGUACAGAGUUGUUGUGAGUGGCACUGCUUUAACUAGUGUGGGGGCUUAGACAAGCACAGUUGUGCUGUGUGACUUUAGGUUUGGUGGUUUCAAGGCAGGCUGUGUGAAUCCCAAAUAUGAAAAGUGUUAGUGAAUACCAGAGGGAGAGAAAAGGGAUUUCAAGAUUCUCCAGAUGUUCCUUUGUGUGGUUUGCCAAUAGGAAUUUUGGAUUGAUUAUUAUUUUUUUUCCUCAUUUUAUUUUUUUUUUUGUGUGUGUUUUUGUUUUGUUUUCUUGUUUUACUUGCUUGAACAUUUUUGAGAAUCAUAGCUUGACAUGAAGUGCAUACGCCACUUGUACCCCCACCCCCCCCCUUUCCCCCCCCCCACCCCUUGCAAAUACUAAGGAUGAAGCUACUGUGUAGGUUGUCACUGAAAUGGUCCUGAAAAGGUCCAAGUUUUAGGGCUGCUCUCAAAAUCCAAAACUCUGUAACAGUGUACACAUAAACACACACACACACACACACACACACACACACGCGUAAAUUGACUUCUAGGAGAGGAGACAGACAACAUAGGCAGUAACCGGGUGUUAUGUACAAGGAUCAUAAGGUGGAAUGAAAAGGUUAGUACAAUAUUAGAUAUUAUUGCUGUUAUAAUUGAUACAUAAAUUGCACUGCUUGAAUCUUGUUAACUUUGAAGUUUGGAAUUGGGUAGUUUGAAUAUGAUAUAUUUAAGAACCUUGAAAAACUUGAACCUAUUUUUUGUUGUUGUUUUAUAUAUUUGUAGGUAUAUUAUAUGCAUUGGCUGCUAUGGGGAAAUGUGACUCAAAUGCUUUUUUUUUUUUCUUCUUCUUCUUUUUUUUCUUUCCACUUUUGUUUUUAUGAUUUAAUAAUUCCUCCUCAAGCUGAUGUGCAGUCUCUUAUGUCCCGCUGUGAGGCAUAGUCGCUGCAUUGGUUCUGUAAGAACCUGGUCGCAGAGUUCCGUUUUCCUAACCAACACUGGAAUCUACAAUAAAUCUUGAAAUACUUAUUUAAAAGAGAAAAAUGUCACAAAAAAACAUACAAAAAAGAAAUGUUACAAUGAAGAAUGUGAUGGGGAGGGGGGCGGGGUUAUCUACAUAACCUUAUGUGUAUGUUAAUCGUGUGUAUGUGGCCGAGUGCAUGUGCGUGUGUGCAUUUCAAUUUGUGUUCUUCAAAAUCCUCAGACUUUUUUAUGAAGUCAUUACAAGAUUUUUACCACCAAGACUGAACAAAAAAAAAAAACAACAACCCACAGAUUCACCAGUCCCAUGAACAUCAUAUUCAAGUAAUGUAAGGGAGAUCUUUUAUUGGAGGCUACAGGAAAUCAAGCUCUAGUACAAAAGUAAAAGUACUCCAGCUCCUUCCUGUGCCAGGUGUUAUCAGAAUGACAGGGAGAGGCAGGUACAAAUGAAAAUCCUAUUUUCGUGGCGGGGCGCUCUUCUGCAAACGAAAACAAAAUUAAAACAAUCAUGCCCUGUCCUCCUAUAUAGUGUCAGAUGAAAUGAGACAAUGCUCACUGCUUUUCCUUGUCCAUUUCAGCCCCUGGAUGGGAUGCAUUUAACCUGGGCCAGUCUUAACUUGAUGAUUCAGAGCAGUGAAAUAUUUAUAAUGACUGUGAGAUUCCCUUGAAUGUACUGCACUUAAAUUACUGCGAUGUUUCGUUGCCUUGUGGGACUUAAGUGAAAGAGAAAAAUUGGAUCAGUGCAGCAGUCCUCUGGUCUGAAAUUAGCAUUUCUUUUGUCAGUCAAAAUUCACUAGAAAAUUGAAUUUAUUAACUGAAGAGAGAGGGGGCUUUGUUGUUGGGGAAAUACUGGCAUCAGUCUAGAUUUAUGAAGUGCAAUUAUUAUGACUGUAUUAACAUUUUUUUCUCUGAGCUUACACCAAAAAAAUGUAAACUACAGUUGUCAAUACAUUCCCAAUGUACCACAUCCCUAAUCCCUAUUCUUUUUUUUGUUUUGAGGUGUAAAAUAAAUUUCUUUAAGACUA